AUGUCAUCCCGGUUGGACGAUUCACGGGCGAGAGACGAGGCGGGUGUUCGUAGGCACCUGGUUCGCUUCUAUGAGGAACACAACCCACAGAAGCUCAACUCCAUUGAGACCAUACUUUUUGUGUACCGGGGGCACUGGGAUGAGCUUUUCGUGGAGUUGGCGGAGAAGUACAAGCUUGUUUCUCAGCGACCUGACACGGCAACGCAGUGCUGCUGUGCUUCCUUCCACCGCAGCUUUCCUGUAGGUGAUGAUUCUUCUAUGGAUGACUCAUUGUGCCCAACCUCAAAUGGCUCUGCAGUCUCCUCUCCGUUUAACCUUCUUGAUCCCAUGGUGGUCGUUCAACGUCGACUCAACGACAGGAAAGGGAGCGACGCUCAGAGCAGUUCGAUGCCCAUGCCGCAUGGCGAGAAACAAAAUAAGAUGCGGAAGGUUGGCGACUCAACCUUAUCGAGCUGUUUGUGCUCUGGUGAUGCGCAGGAUGACAUUGUUCGACAGCUGAGGCGACAGCAGUUAUUUAUGCGCUUUGCACCGAAGGAAGGCUUGCACAUGGAGGAGCUUAUGACACAGUCCCGAGAGGCCUACAUGAUGAGUUCAAAUUGUGAUGCUGACUGCAUUGACGGUGUUGCCGAGGGAGAAUGGGAAGAAGCGAUGAUGCGGGACCUUCUACACAAAGUUGACCGGGAGAAAAGCAAUGAGGAUAACCACAACGCCAAUCCUUCACCACAUAAAUUGUUUUUGACACCGUCACCAUUAUCUUUUGCGUCGCGCAUGCUUUUCCCAUUUGAUCCUGCCGAUCCGUUGGAGGCAGGCUCCCCUUUGGAAACGCGGUACUUGCACGGAUUGCACGCGACGGAGCCAUGCGCACCAGAGCUUGGGAGGAGGGAAGGGAGAAGUACGACGACGAGGCCUUUGCCGUUUCAUGCCCAAUCUGCCUUGAUAUCUAACGUGGAUGAGUUAAUGCACUCCCCUGUCGAGACAUUUGUAGAUGAAUGGUGUGACCCGCUGGGAGGGAAUGGAUUGGCGAACGCCGCGGAAGCUUUAUUGGCAUUGGAGCAAAAGGAGCUUUUGCAGCCCAACUCCACCUCGAUUAGGAAUAUGGUCGAUGCUGAAGCAACGGAGGAAAAUGCAGAGUUGCGCAGGAAUGGGGACUCCCCGUUGUCAUCCGUCAUUUUGAGUCUUAAGACGCAUGGGAAAAAGUUGUGUAUGAUGUUUUAUCAGACGCAGGAGGAACGGCAGGCGGAGAGACUUCUUGCACACCCGGUGAUGCGGCGCGCACUUGCUUGCCCGCAUCUUCAUUAUCGUUUGUUUUUGUUAUUUUGUAUCUCACUGGAACGCGCCCAAGGCAAGAUUGUUCCUCCCCAGCGUGAUACUUUUUUGGCGGUGUGGAAGGGGGGAGAACAUAUGCCUUGCUGGGAGCCUUCCCUCGAGCAUCGUGUCCUGUGGCGUGGUUCCUCGCCACGGGAUGAAAGUUGCAUUUUUUAUACUGAAUGA